AAAUUUGGUACUCUGCAAGCACGGUGCCACAGGGAAAUACAAAAACGCGAGCCUUGUGAACCCUCGUAUUCAAUUGGCAGGUAUCCGGUGCACCACAAGUGACAAACAAAUCGAUUGAGCCGCGAGAGGUGGCAUAGUGAGGAAUACUCCAAGAUUGUGCGAGAUUGCUUGUUUCAGACACAAUGCCAUGCCUGGUGGUGAUGGUGGUGUACAGGACUGGGCAGAUUUUUGUUGGGACUCGGUUACCUAGCACGGCCUUGCUUUCGUAUCGAACGGGACGAGCUCGACGUGUUUAUCCAGCUGUGUCGGCGCUUUCAGUGGAUGUUGCAGAUGGAAAGGUCGAUACAUAGUCGGUACGGAGUAGAUCAGUUGCCUAAGUCAGGCAUAGGACCGGGAUCCAUAGUAUUCCCAGUAGAACGACGUGGUAUUUUAUUAGUAUCUCGAACGACGUUGCCACGGUUCCUGCUGUAUCCCUUGAGUGCCUAGCCAUGUAUAAAGCAUCGCUUUCCGUAGCGUAACUGGCACUCGUCAAGAGAUAUACGAUGUACAUAGAGCCUGGUGAAGUCUCACCUGACCUCAGUCAACGAAUCUAGCUGCAUGACCGUGCUCUGCUAACGCCGCUGGUUCUACUAUGGCAGCAGUCCAAAUACCUCCGUCAGUAUCAGAAGGAUUACCCUGAGCUAUCUCUAGGUAUGGCCUCAACCACGCCCAGAGCCACGCGGUCUUCCUCUAACACUUCUUAGCCCCUGGAUGGGCGUUUCUCAGUGGGUGGUGCCAUUAUGGAUGCGUUCAAUAUGAAGAUUGACGAGAACUAUCGCACAGAUAGUCUCCUUGUAGCUAGCUCAUAGCAUUAUAGCGUGAUGUCUAAUCAACGGGUAGAAUAACGAUAAUGGUUUGUGGUCAGGUAGUGUGUAGCUCGACAAGAAAUCUGGUCGUAUUUGUUUUUGUUUUUGUUUUGUGUUUUGUUUUUGUUUUGUUUUGUUUUGGGAAUAGAGAAGCUGAAUAAUAGGGUUUGCCACUAGAUCACCUUAACUCAUUUAAGGUUAGUAAGUUUAGUCACUUGUUACGUAAUAAACUCUAAACCUUCCGUAAAAGUUAAAAAAAAAAAAAUCCCGUCUUGAAGAUCUCGAAGAUCGUCCUGCAACACCCGGCCGGUGCAACAACGAGAAGGCCACGGGGCUUUGUGUAUCCCUCUGCUCCAGGAUGAGGGAUCCCGAGAGUCACCCCGUUCAUGGUAAUGGCCAUUCUCUCUCAAUCCUCCUCCAAUAUACUGUUAUCGAAACUAACAUUUACGUCGCAGUUUUCGACCUUCCACAGCUUUACACCAAACCCCCCGCAGAUGAUAUACUCCAGGCUUUAGACCUAUUAACCAUUCGUCCGCAUACAUUUGCCCAGUCUUCUGCUCAAAAUAUUACGCAUCUCCAAGAUGGAGAUAUCUGCAGAUAUCUUACCUCGAUAAUCGGCAGCUCCUUGGCCUGGAUUGAAUCGGACACUUUAAAGGAAAAGAUAUGGGAUACUGCAAGCUCCAGGCUCUGCGAACGCGCCGGUAGAAAUGGUAUGGCCCUUGUCGUGCUUUGAUACAUAUAUAUAUUGUGUCUGAUAACUUGGUUAUACAGCUAUGCCCUCGAUGUCCCGAGAAUUCUCAAUCCCAGUGAACGCUGAUUCCGCGUUCCAAGUGACACUACAUGAGCCAUCCCUGACAUCCGACAACCUAGGAAAUAAAACUUGGGUAUCCUCAUAUAUGCUAUCCAAGAGGCUUCACACUUUCCAUUCUUCUGGUUCGGUUCCCAUUUCCCAUGAUCAGAAUCCCACUCUACGGACCCUUGAGCUUGGAGCAGGUACCGGUCUUGUUGGCAUAUCUUUUGCUGCAGUAUGGGGUGCUGCAGCGACGGUCAAUCUCACUGACUUGCCUCCAAUUGUGCCUAAUCUUGCGCACAACGUUUCUUUGAAUAGCGACCUUAUUUCCAAGGUCAAGUCAAGCGUCACUACGGGCGUGCUAGACUGGUCUCUUCAGUUUGGCGUCUCUUUACAAAGUACUGAGAAGUACGAUGUAAUUCUCGUUGCAGACCCUCUAUAUUCUUCUGAUCAUCCUAGGUGGCUUGCUCAGGCUAUAGAGGUGCAUAUCUCUUCCAACAGCUCGUCAAGGCUCGUGCUGGAACUCCCCCUACGAGAAGUUUACCUACCACAGGUACACGAACUCAAGAAAAGAUUGGACCAUAUUGGCUUAUAUAUCCUCGAAGAAGGGGAAGAGAUUGGCUAUGACGACUGGGCGGCUAGGGAUGGAUCACCAGUGGAAGUCCGCUGCUGGUGGUCAAUUUGGGCCUGGAAGUCGCCUGCAUAGACGAACGCGAUAUCUGGUAAUAAUGAUUUAACGAAAGAGCAUAAUAGAUUCUGGAUUUCGAUAGACUUAUUUAACGAGCGGAAGAAGGAUAAACUAAAUACACCACCUUGUUUACUCAUUCAACAAUACCACUAUCAGCUAAAACUAGGCUCUCACCGCCGUCUUUUUUUUUUUUUUUUUUCU